GUUCAUAUCUGGAAUAUUUAACAAACAUUUCACAUCAGAACCCUCCGCACCAUCUGCUAGCAACGUGUGUCGUGACGCGACAUGUGGCAGCAAAGAACGUGCUACGAGCAGAGUAACGUUCUUGACGUCACCAUUCAGUGCCAGCUAAACGUGUCUGCCAAGAACGUGACGGAAUUCAGCACGAUGUACGGACAUCCGUCCUACCCACAGCAACCCGCCGCCCGCUCUAUGACCGGCAGCUAUUACCAGCCACCCGCACCGGCUACCGCCGUCUCCUACCAGCCAGCUUUCUCAGAUUCGGACACAUGUGCUCCCAUGGCUGACGUCCACGCUGGCACAUCUAAACGUUAUGAACAGGACUACGAUACUUAUUGUGAUUAUGAAAGUGCAAAGUAUGGAUUACAUUGUGCCAGUGGUUACCUCAAUUCAGUUUCACCAGCAAACAAUGUGAAUGCCAGUGACUGUCUUUACUAUGCAUCGUGCAUGAACGACUCUGGAUACGGUAGUCCGGGCAACGUUCAGUAUCGGAAUAUUCCAUCAGCAUUUUCUCCGUGCGGCCAGACACAGCAGGUGAGGACCCCGAGUCCUUGCACGCGCGGGGAUUCUCGGGACGCGCGUCAGCUCUGUCGCACCCAGUACUCACCUACAAGCUCCCCAGACGAGCUGUCGGAGGAGACCAAGAUCGCCAUGCGUGAGAAGGACGUCAUGCAGAGGCUGUUUUCCUUGCGUGCCGCCGACGUGGAGGGGGCAAACAGCGUGGAACAUUACUACCAAUCACAGACAGCCGUCAUCGACCUUGAGCGCCAUAACGUCCUUUGUCAGAUGGCAUAUGACCGAAAGAGCUCCGAGUCCAUCCACGUAUACUACAACCGGAAACUUCAAUCGCUUCUUGAAUGCGUCGAGGAAAAGCUGAGUGCGCUCGAGUCCGGCAAGCACCAUGGCGGAAAACGACAGACGACAACUCAGGUGGAAAAGAAAUCCAGAUUGCUCCCAAAACACGCGGUGAAACUCAUGGAAACCUGGUACAGCGAGAAUCUUGAGAACCCAUACCCGUCUCGUGAAACCACACUGACGAUGGCGGCAGAGGGCAGCAUCACGGUAGAGCAGAUCCGGAAGUGGUUUGCGAACAAGCGGAACCGGUCCCGCAACAGCCGACUGAAGGCCAGUGAUCUGGGCGCAGACGAGUGUGCAUAAGAUGAACUGACAAUUCAAGUGCAUAUAAGUAGUGAUGUGUUUUACAGUAUUAAGGAUAUUUUGUGUUGCUAAAUGCAUUAUAUG